GUACUUCACCCGAGUCUGAAUGAAAAUCUACAAAGGCGUUCGCGCGGCAGUGCCCCUCCGACUGAUUAUUCUAUGUACCUCGAUUUAAACGGAGCGGAAGCUUGGCUCAUUGCAGUCGAAAUCAGCAGGCGGCCGCGCGCCCGCCAUUGACACGCGAUAGGCGGGAUUAAGUACAUAGGGGGAAAAUGCGAGCGGUCUAUGUGGUGAUAGCAUUCGUGGCCACGAUAGCCUGGGGCCUGGACGCCACCACGGCAGGGCUCGUCGUCGAACACACCGCGGCGCUGGCCAUGCCGGACGACGUCGCCGACACCGAACUGGUGGCAGCCUUUGUGAUAUUUCGACAUGGUGAUCGCACCCCUGAUCAAGAAGAAUUAGACCUGCUCACGAAAGGAGAAAAACACAAAGAUGUGUUCUUCCCUUAUGGGAUGAAAGCUCUUACAAAUAAAGGGAAACAGUGCGGUUACCGAGUGGGUCAAUACAUAAGGGAAAGGUAUGAUGGCUUCAUAUCCCGACUGUACCUGCCUGAUGAGAUAGUGGUACGAACGACGAACUUUGACCGGACGAAAAUGACCGCGUUGUCAGCUCUGGCGGCUAUCUAUCCGCCUCUGCCUGCCCAGAAAUGGAACCCAGACCUGGACUGGCAGCCAGUGCCUUAUAACACUAUAGACGCUAAUAUAGACGACUUGUUAUAUUGGUACAAUUGUCCGCUCUACCUAAAGAAAAGGGCUCAAGUGUACGAAGAAACGCCUGAAAUCCAAUCAUGGGUGCGACCCUAUGAAAAACUUUUUGCCUAUCUAUCUGAGAAGACUGGAAGCAACAUCACAACUUCUAUUGAUACGUUUUAUUUAGACAAUCUCUUUCAAACAUUGGAAAAUGUUGGAAUAAAACCACCGAAAUGGGCACAAGUGGUAAUGCCACAGAUACAACAACUGACAAAAAUUGAGUAUGCGGUAGAGUAUUACACUACAGAACUUAAAAGGAUCUCAGCAGGAGUUCUAAUGACGGAGAUCAUAGACUCAAUGAAUUACGCCAUCAAAGGCUACGAGGACCAACCGAAGAUGCGGCUAUACUCGGCUCACGAGAACAACGUGGCUGCUCUGAUGGCCGCCGCCAAGGUCUUUGUGCCACACCAACCCAGUUACGGGUCAACUUUCUCACUGGAGCUGAGGAGAAGGAAUUCCACCGGGGAGUUUGUUGUUGCUGCUCCUUACGCCAAAGACGCAGGAGGACCAGCCGAACUUCUUCCAUUUGAAGGUUGUGGGGAAAGCCUUCUAUGCGACUAUGACACCUUCUCAACCCUUGUAGCGGAUAGUCUAAUGUCUUACGACGAAUUUAAGCGAGUGUGUGCUAUAUCAGACUAAUGUAGUGAAACAAUGUUAGUGAAUUUUUGAUCACCAAAUAUUUAAUGAAUGGUUGUCGAUGAGUAAAGGCUGUGAUGUUUGAAA